AUGUAUACUGGAAUUUUGGGUGUUUGUGUCGUUGCUGAGGCCAUUGGACUGGGAUACUUCUUCGGAGACCCCAAGGCACUACCCGCCAAAGUGACAGUCAUCAUGGAAAAGGCCCUACAAGACUAUGGAAAGCCCGAGGUUCAAUUAGCCGGCGCCACUUUUGUCUGGGACUAUUUGAUGACGAGUGACAAUGACUACUGCUGUGGAUUAGAAGGCUACACAAACUUUACAGGAAAAGCACUGCCGAAGGCAUGCUGUGCGAAGGACAACAAAUUGCCCGAAAAGUGCGAACUUGCUGAAGCGGAGAAACUAAAAGUGAUAGGCUGCCAGACGAAAAUUGACAAGUUUUUGGAGGAAAAGAAAAAACUUUUCCUAAUCGCUCCGAUCAUCCUGGUUGUUGUGCAGGUAAUUUUAGUAAUUUUAUUAAUUGUUUAA